AAUGAAGGCUCUUUCACCUGUUACUUUAUCUUCUACGUCGUGCCUUUGGUUUCCUUUUGUUUUAUCACUUUGCACCAUUUGUUUCUGCAAUCAAAACUUGGACCAGGCAUCAUGUAUAGCAAGUGAGCGCCUGGUGCUUAUUCAGCUGAAGAACGAUCUCAUCGACAACGCAAACCGUCUAUCUUCUUGGGUAGGCAAUGAUUGUUGCAGUUGGUCUGGUGUGGUCUGCAACAAUAUCACUGGUAAUGUCCAAGAGAUUCAUCUUCGAGGACCUGACGAUGGAUUUCACGGCCAUUGUCAUGGACCUUACGACACCGAUGAUGAAUUGGAAGAAGCAUCCAAACAAAUGUUAGGAGGAACCAUAAGUCCUUCUGUGACUAAGUUAUUACAACUCAUGUAUUUCGACAUAAGUUGUAACGAUUUUGGAUUCAUCCCUAUUCCAGCCUUCUUCGGUUCUUUCAAGAAUCUACGAUAUCUUAACAUCUCAAAAUCACAAUUUAGGGGGGAAAUCCCCCACCAACUUGGAAAUCUAUCAAAAUUACGUUUUCUAGAUCUUCAUGACGUUCCUUUAGCCGGAAAUAUUCAUUCAAAGAGUUUAAAAUGGUUAAAGGAUCUUCAAGAGUUGCAACAUCUAGAUAUGGGUGGCAUCGACCUGGCAAGGGCUUUAGAUUGGUUUCAGGUGAUAAGCUCGCUCCCUUCUUUGCUGGAAAUACACUGUUCUUUAUGCGGGUUAAUUCAAUUUCCUAGUAAUCCAACUAAAGUUAGUUUUAUGUCCCUUAUCGUCCUAGAUCUUUCGUACAACUCCUUCUUCGACAGUUUGUUGCCCCGGUGGAUUUUCAGUUUACAUAAUUUAGUUUUAUUAGAUCUCACUAAUUGCUUUAUUAGUGGUCUAAGUCCAGGAACUCAUGGUGGUUUCCAUAGCCUGCCUUCUUUAAGGAUUCUUAGUGUUUCAGGCAAUACUUUUGUGAAUUCUUCUUCAUUACUUAAUGGUUUACCUAGCUUAAGUAAUCUUCGUUGGUUUGAUGUUAGUAACUGCAAUUUAACAGCUCCAAUUCUUAGCAACUUACAUAACUUGUCAUCAAUUAUUCAUCUUGACUUAUCGAAUAACCAGAUUGUUGAGGAGAUACCUAAAUCCUUAAGUAAUCUUUGCAAUUUGGUUACCCUUGAUCUCCAAUCUAACAACUUCUCCGGAAAUGUGUCCGUACUUCUUAACAGAGUUUGUGAUUGUGAGUCACCUAAACUAGAAUUAUUAGCCUUACGAGGCAAUAAUUUGACUGGCCAACUACCUGAAAAGCUAGGAAGACUUAAGAAUCUUGUAAGCAUGGAUCUUGCUUACAAUCAGUUAACCGGGAACAUCCCAGAUUCUGUAGGAAAUUUGUCUCUCUUGAAAACAUUACAGAUGAAUAUAAAUCAACUGACAGGUUCUAUCCCAGAUACCAUUGGUCGUUUGUCAUCGUUGAAUUUCUUGGAUCUAUCGUAUAACCAGUUGAAUGGAAGUCUUCCUAAAAGUAUUGGGCGACUCAGGUUGCUGCAAUUUCUAACUGUUCAUCACAAUUCCUUUACGGGCAUUGUAACUGAAAAUCACUUAACCAAUCUAACAUCCUUGAAAACUUUGUGGAUUGGGGACAACAAGUUAGUAUUCACGUUAAAUGUUAAAAACUGGAUUCCGCCUUUCCAGCUCGAAGUGUUGAGAAUAGGCUCUUGUAGUUUGGGUCCUCAUUUUCCUUUAUGGAUUCAUUCGCAAACAAGCUUAACAGAACUGGAUUUAGCCAACACAAGCAUUUCAGACAACAUCCCCAAUUGGUUUUGGAACACAUUCUCUAGUGUAUCAUAUUUGAACUUAUCCCACAACAACAUUCAAGGAAUGUUGGGAAAUGUUAGUUUUCUUGCACCAGGUGCUGUCUUAGAUCUAAGUUUCAACCGUUUACAUGGUUUCCUUCCUGGUCAUUUCAAUAGACCUGACUUAGAUUUCCUCGAUCUUUCGUACAACGAACUCUCAGGAUCUCUAGAGCAAUUCUUGUGUUCUGGCAUACAAGAACCGCGACAGUUAAGAGUUCUCAAUUUAGCGCACAACAACAUGUCAGGUGUUAUCUCAGAUUGUUGGAUGAACUGGGAAAAUCUAGCCAUAUUAAACUUCGAGAAAAACCUGUUUUGGGGUAUAAUACCAUCCUCUCUAGGAAAUAUUUCUUCCCUCUUAUCAUUGGAUAUUCGUCAUAACAAACUAUCUGGGAACUUACCUGGGUCGUUAUUGAACUCCCAGAGCUUGAUAAUCCUUGACCUAGCAGAAAAUGAACUGGUGGGAGGAAUUCCAACAUCAAUAGGGAGAGACAAUACAAGUCUAAAACUUCUAAGUCUUCGUUCUAACAAAUUGGAUGGUAAAAUCCCAAAUGAAAUAUGUCACCUCAGUUCUAUACAGAUCAUGGAUCUCGCUGAUAAUGAUCUUUCUGGGAACCUACCGACAUGCUUUGCAAACCUCACUGUCAUUUCUGGAAGGGAGACAUCAGGUCCAUUUAUUCUUUACGACGUUCUUUUUGAGAAUAUAGUUCUAGGUAGUGCAUCACUGGUGACAAAGGGUCGAGUUUCUACAUAUGAAAACAUAUUGUCUCUGGUAACUACAUUAGACCUUUCUAAUAACAAGUUUUCAGGGUCAAUUCCUAACGAACUUGUUUCACUUUUGGGCUUACGGUAUCUGAAUCUAUCAGAAAAUAAUUUAACAGGACGAAUUCCCAACUCGUUUAGCAACAAUGGAGAGCUUGAAUCUUUAGACAUAUCAAUAAACCAUCUUGAUGGAAAAAUUCCUUCCAGCUUAGCAGCAUUAACUGCUUUAAAUUUUUUGAACGUAUCAGACAACAAUCUUGUAGGAAGAAUCCCAACGGGCCCUCAGCUUCAAACCUUCGAUGAGUCAAGUUUCAAUGGAAAUGCACUUUGUGGGGUUCCUCUUUCAGCGUGUCCACAAAAUACUGAUGAUCCGAGAGGAACUAACAACGAACAUGAUGAAUCUGAUGGCAUUGAUUGGAUCCUAGUGAUAUGUACACUCACUGGAUUAGUUAUUGGUUUUUGGAUCAUGAUUGCCCCAUUAAUUGUUAGCAAGCAAUGGAGAAAUGCUUAUUAUCAUUUUCUUGAAGGAAUCUGGAUCAAGCUUCGAUAUUUCAGUCUUAUCGUAUUCCCAUGCUUUAGGAGGCGUAAGCAAGCUGGUCAUGAAAUUCUUAGCUCAAUUGAUCAAGUUCAACAAUUUGAUAUAUCACAAUACAUCGACGAUAAAUCCAAAGGCUUUCAACAAGAGUCGUCUUCUGAAGCUAGCAGCUCCACUCACAAAAUUCAACAAUCUUAUUGACGAUCAACAAGGUCUCCCUAAUGGCUUGGGAAUAUGUUUCAACAAAGAAAAUAAAUAUGAGAAAGCGUACAACAUACUGCUUGGGAAUUGGGAUGUAUGUUAUAUUUAUGUUUGUAAUGAUUUAUUAUGUAAUCUCUCUCUACAUAUAUAAUGCUACUUACAUGAGGUCAAUUGAAGUCCGUUUGAUAUCCUUUUUGUAACGUCUUAUUUUUAAGAGAGUUUGUAUUUAAUCUAACCCAUAAAAUAUUUAUCCAUUGUGAGGAAUAUA